GCGUGUUGUCACAAAGAGUAUCACAAAGUGCAGUGCGACGUCCACGAAAUAGAUUUGAAGAAGCUCAUCAUGCAAGAAAUCCAGCAAGACCUACGCGAAUACGACGUCGUGUUUUGGAAGAUAUGUUCCGUGCUGCAUUUGAUUACGACCCUUCAAUCGACUAUAAUGUACAUGGAUAUAUUGGAAUGAUGGAUGUUAUAUGCCCAUAUUGUGAAGCGGCUAAAUUCUCGGGUGAAACGGCUGGAAUGUGUUGCGCUAACGGGAAAGUAAAAUUGCCGAAAUUUGUACCGCCUCCUGAACCAUUACAAUCAUUAAUUUUUGAGACAUCACCAGAAUCGAAACAUUUUUUAAAUCAUAUACAAGAGUACAAUUCGUCUUUUCAAAUGACUUCUUUCGGCGCUGCAAAAAUUAUAAGAGAUCAAUUUAUGCCGACAUUUAAGAACCAAGGUCAAAUUUAUCACCUAGCGGGUUCAUUGUUACCGCUCCCCGACGCUAACCAUCAAUUUUUACAAAUAUAUUUCAUCGGAGAUAAAAAUCGUGAAUUAAAUCAACGCUGCACAAUUGGUUCUUACACAAAAAGAGAAAUUCUUUGCGAUCUACAAGAUUUUUUUCAUCAGCACAAUGAAUUAGUCCAAUUGCUCAAAUUGCUAUGGAUCGGUUGCCAUCUGAUAAUCACAGAAUCGUUAUAA